AAGAAAUCCUGCGCUACCACAUGUCAAGUGAACGUAAAGGCCAGUGCUGCCCUUGUUCGUCCGAGUCGUCGAAUAUAAGCAUAGCUUCUAGCAGCAUUUAAACUUCGCCUUCUCCUCUCCAUUUAUUAGAAGUUCAUAAGUCGAAGUUCGAUCGGAUCCACGCAAGAAGACAGCUACAUUACUCAAUCUUUCAGGGAAAAAAUGAAGCUGUGGCAUAUAUCAAAUAUCUCUCCAAUCUUGGCGAUAUUUUCCAUCCAAAUCUCUGGCUCAAUCUCCCAAACCAUUGUCACGGGACAGAGUAUGCGGUACAUCAGCUUCUCUCCCACCUCCUCGCUCCCAGGAAAUGUAUCAGCAACAUCUCAUGGCCUGCUUGGCAGACAGCUGGAGUGCCCCGUUAGCACCGAAACGCUAUGUUCUGGUACCUCGUUCUGCUGCGAUUUCACCGAACAAUGUUGCAGCGAUUCCUGUGCCCCACUAAGCGCUGUGUGUUGCUCGGACGGACUUUCUUAUUGCACGAGCGGUGAAUACUGUUGUGGGGAUGGCAGGUGCGCUCUUGAAGGGGGGGUGUGCUGCUCAGAUGGCUUCGGAUCUUGUCUCGCUGGACAGAUUUGCAUUCCGAACGGCAACUGCCAAGAUUCUUCCGGUUUAGGAGUCGGAGUUCCAUUCAAGAUGUUGCAUCUUGUUGUUGCUACAUCUCUUGCAAUGGUCUUAAUCAUGUAGGAUAUGUGUUGUGGAUUCAAGAGCGACCUGGAGGUGGAGAAAUUGACAAUCCCUUGUUAAGUUCAAUGGAGGACAUUAUGACCCAAAGGCAAGAGUUUUGUCAGGGCUGAGAGAGACUAUUGAGAAUUAUUAAGGGUCAGAAUGAUUUCCAGUUGUUUGUAAUAUAUGAUCAUGAAUUCAGUCGAAGUAGAUAAUGU